AUUCCGAUGAAUAAAUGUCUUGCGGUUUGAUCUUUUCAAAGUACCAUGUUCACUUCUAUAUAUUAUCUCUCAAUAUUUGGCCUGGAGAUGGUGAGGAGGCGUAGGGAAGUGGAAGAGAGAGAUGUGUAAAUAUGGUUUGCUCAGACCUGCUGAUGCAGGUUUACGAAAGACAGUCUCAAGGGAAGGGGUUACAAGCUCAAUCGAAGAAGGGGGCAAUUCACUAUAUUCAGGUGGUAUUUCGAGUUGUUAAGGUUAGUGAACGGAAAGCCUAAUGAUUCUCGUUUUUCGGGUAAAAUAGAAAUAGUGAAAUAAUGCGAGACGUUUAAUUUCGUUUAAGCCUCGAUAAUUUGCAAUCAUUUUUAACAAUUGUUUUCAGCCAAAACUAGCUAAUGAAGGCAGAAACAAAGCAAGGGGCAUGUUCCCUUCCAGGGGGUAGUUUGGACUACGAUUGAGAUGUUUUGGGUAUUUAUUUCUAGGAAUAUCCGUUAUUUACGCGAAGCCCGCAGGGUUGACAUCCUGUGUGAGUCACAGAGGCAUUGUUUAUUUUGCUUGAGACAUCAAACAAGCAUGGACUGAGGCUAUUUUAUCGUCAAAACAUCCAAGGCGAUUACCCUUGUUGAUGUUUUUAUAGCCCUAAUAUCUUGAUAAUUGGAGACUCCGUACAAUUAAACCACUUGACUGAGCGUGGGCUAUCAAUCGAUGCACACUUUUAGAUGGUUCUCGGAUUGGGUUGCGUCAGCGGAUUAAGUUGUACUCGCGUGUCGUGUGCGUCUACUUUCCGUCUUCUGUACUCGAUGAAUACGCUCUGGUUUCCGUCAGCAGGUAUGGAGGUGGGAUGGUGCCGAACACCUACCAUCCCCUAUCCUAAGCCUGUCCCAGUGUGUGCACUAAGCGUCUCAGAGUGGUGGGGUGAUGGAAAGGGCGCGACAAUCACUGGACAGAUUCAUCAACGACACACCAGUGGAGAGGUACCAACUGAAAGCGAGCACGCUCAAGAAACAACUUCUAAUGAGACAAAAGAAGAAAGAUUUGAGGUGGUCGCGCCAAAGCUGAAGUUUAGCAUUGAUAACAUACUACAUGGAUCUACAACAGAAGACACACCACCUAGAUCACCAAGGCGGCCACCGCGCCCGCGUCCUGUUUUCUCGCACUUCCAGCGGCAGCACCUGGAAAACUACUUUCUGUCAAAAAAGUACCUAAACAAAACUGAGCGUCUCAAAAUAGCCGAGGCACUAGGGCUGUCUGAAAACCAAGUGAAAAUCUGGUUCCAAAACAGGCGCGUAAAGUGGAGAGCUGAGGUACAUAAUAGUCUAUCGGAGCCUGCGAUACCACACAGCAUCAUCUGUCAGCAGUGUUACCCUCUGGGCUUGCACCAUACUUAGCUGUUGAAGUAGCGUGACGCAAAAACGAACUGUAGCGUGACACAACCGCGAAGGACCAUUUGCGUGACGCAAAGUAUAUCUUUCUAUAGUGGGAGUGAUAGAGAAAAUUUUAAAUUUCACCGAACAGCGCUAAAGCGGCCCCAAAUACGCCCCAAAUCGCUUAAACGUAGAAUUAAUAGACGGCUAAUAGUACUACAUCACGUUUGAUUGAAUUUAUUACGUUUUUAUGGAAUAAUACUUGCAUAAAUUAACAACUCCUUGUGUUCUCUAUGAGCCGGUCGGUUCAAAUUACUCAUUGACAGAGCCUGGGCUACCUGUGGAUUAACAUCUGAUUUGGAAAUAAUGAUGAUAAUAAAUUGUAUAAACCACGGCA